AAAAAUAGACGUGUGAUGCUGAUUAAUAAACAUGGCCGCCAUGUAGUGCUUGUGUUCGUCAUCCGGUCGACUGUAUGAUGUUUCUGACAGAAUCUGCCAAGGUGCAUGGGUAUGAACUAUCGUGACAUCAUUUUCGUGUGAUUCGAGGGGGAAGACGAAGAAAGUAAUUGGCAGGAAUCAGUCACUGACCACCUCUUCAAAUCAACGUGGGUGGGAGAAACGAUAAAGAACAGUAGACCUUAAGAAAACUAGGGACAGCUUACUGGCACUUUAAUUGUAAUUUUCAAUGACGGACAUGGCACAAGGGCGUCCUAUAAAAUGUGUUGUUGUGGGAGACGGAACCGUGGGCAAAACCUGCAUGCUCAUUUCCUACACAACAGACAGCUUUCCUGGUGAAUAUGUGCCCACAGUCUUUGACAACUAUACAGCCAACAUGAUGGUGGAUGGCAUACCCGUCAGCCUUGGGUUGUGGGACACUGCUGGACAAGAAGACUAUGACAGACUGCGGCCUUUGUCUUACCCUCAGACUGAUGUUUUUCUAAUCUGCUUUAGUGUUGUGAGCCCAUCAUCUUAUGAGAAUGUCCACACCAAGUGGAACCCUGAAAUUAAGCAUCACUGUCCAGAUGCACCUGUUAUAGUUGUAGGUACAAAAAUUGACUUGCGGGAAAAUAAGGAAGCCAUAGGAUUACUGGCAGCACAGGGUCUCUCUCCUGUUAAAAGAGAGCAAGGGAUCAAGUUAGCUAAUAAAGUUCGGGCGGUGAAGUACAUGGAAUGCUCUGCCCUUACUCAGCGUGGUCUUAAGCAGGUGUUUGAUGAGGCAGUGAGAGCAGUGUUGCAGCCACAGCCAGUCAGGCGACCCAAGCAUUCUUGUAGGCUUCUCUGAUUGGUUAACUUUAUGUAUAUUUUGCAUAAUUUGGAAAACGUGAAUUUUGCACACCACAGUCCCGUACGACCACCAUCAUCACAGUACAUCCACGCAGUGUGCCAGUCAGCAGUGAUGUCAGUCCUGUUGGGUCUCCAACCUGUAUUUCUCCCACAGCCAGCAUGAUAAUAGUGGAGUUGUGAGAGGCCGUUAGAAUGGGGAGGCACAAAGGAUUUGGCCAGAAAGGACAGCGUGGAACUUGGAAGCCAUACUUUGUUUUUAACGUAAAUCCCUGCUCCUCAGUUCUGUGACUGCAGAUGUGUCAGACAGCUUUAAAGGGAAAGCUUGGGAAAGAAAAACAUUGGUUUAUAGCCUUUUUUUCUGGUAAAUGUGGUUCAGAAGUCUCCAUUGUAAGUUUGCGAGAGCUUUGUAAAUCUGUGACCAAAAGGAUUUCAGCAGGCAUCUGUAAUGAUGGAUUUGUCAUGGUAUUUUGAACUGUAUGCUGUUUCAACCACAACUUUUAGUGUAGAAUUUGUAAGAGAUGGUGAGUGCUUAGACAUGAAGAAUAACAUUUGCCUUUUAUGACUCCUUUUCUUUUUACCUGCAUUUUCCAAGGUCACAUAUGGAUACAACUUGUAAUGUUUUUAUUUAUUUCUUUUCUUCCCUUAACAUAAAUUUUGCCGUUACAGUCAUGUGCCAGGACAAAGAUCUGCUUUUAAAGCUAAAACAGUAACGAUAAUCAUAUCAGGUGUACAUUUGCUAUAAUGCAUGUGGGGAUUUGCUUCUCUUUUUUUUCUUUUUGGUCUUUUUAAGGUUUUAUUUAUGUAUGUACUGCGCUACACUUUGUUACUAACAUGAACAUCAUCAUCCAAGUUUCCCAUUAAUGCUCUUUUACUUUUAUUUAUUUCUUAUUUUGUUCAAUCUUGUGCCUCGUUUCACAUCUGUGAAACUGAUGUAAUGUUGCGUUUUUGUGUUAAGGCAUUUGAUAUGGUGCUUCAUCCCAGCAAUGAAACUGUAAUUUAAGAGUUUUUUCAGUUUUCUUUAAGAUUUCCAGUGAUGCAUUUGGGCAGGUUAAUGGGGCUCAUGGGAAAGAGUGUUUCACUUCUGGGUCUGUUGUGUGUUUUUAUUUAAGAGCAUGAGUGAAAUUUGCAGUGUUGGUUUUCUCCUUUGUCCUGUUUACAAGGGCAUUAAUCCUGCAAGCAAACCCUUCAUGUUAUCAACUAGCCAGUUACCUACAACCCCAGUAAAUCUUAAUUUUUACAAAGUCAUUUAGUCAUUGCAUAUCAUAUGCUUAUCAUAUGCUUAUCAUAUGCUUUUUGUUUUUCUUCUUUACUGUUUUUAUUUUUGCUGUUAAUGUCUGUGCCAAUCUUGAUUUUUUAUUGAUUUUUUAAAAAUUAAUUUAUUCAAAUGUUUUCAUGUCUGACAAGUCAGUGGAUAUCAGUUUAAUAUAAAUAAGGCAAGUGGAAUGUUUUUAGUUCUGCAGAUUAUACCAAGAUACUUCUUUAAACCAAGAAAUUUUUUUUUUUUUUUUUCUCCUUCCUUUUGCUCUCUCUUGAAAAUGGUAGUACAUAUGCACAUACAAUGAAAUUUAGGAUAUCAGCAUGACUGUUGGACGUGGAAGUGUGCCAGAUUUUUCAUCGUAGGUUAUACGUACAUUGGUUCUAGUAGUAGAAGUUGAAGGCAUAGAACCCUGACAUAGCAUCAAUUCUAGUCAAGGGACUGAUAAAUUCUCAUUGGGUUUCUUUCCACACGUUUAUAUAAAUAUAUCAACUCUUAACCUUACCACCCAUUAUCUCACCAGCCUCUCCUUUCACCAUACUUUGUGGCAGAACAGAUCUCCCCAAGAGUUGUUUAGGUUGCCACCCUUGUCUCUUUGGCCAAUUUUUGGAUUGGAUAGGUGGUGGCAAGGUAACAAGUUGUGAGUAUAUAAAAUGUAUUUUAUUUGGAUAGUCAUGAAAUUAAGGAAGGAUGGCAGAUUUAGAGCACAAACACUGAAUUAUUUUCCCAUUCUUGAGCUCUGUCUCACCAUCAAGUGCUGGCUUUUUUUUUUUUUUUUUUAACUUGUAAAGAACAGUGUUGGAAAAAUAACUAUCUGGUAGUUAAGUAAUGGUUGCACAUACCAAACAUCUGUACCUGUAGUCAUAGUGUACCAAGUGGAACAUCAUGUUUAAUAUGUGUAUCAAACAAGCAUUUUCUUUGAGGCAUCAUAAUCGUAACUGAAACAGCUGCUUUCAAGACAUGGGAGCAUUCACACAGCCCAUAAGUGUUGUAGCAGUCUAGUUACAGCAUAUCCUUUUUAAUUUUUUUUAAGGAGAGCCCCUUUUCUUGUUUCAUGUUUUGCUUAUUGUGUUUCUUUUAUGAGUAGAUUUUUAAUAGUGAUAUUUGAUGGUUUUUCCAUCAAGGAGCUGGUAAAAUUCUCCUAUUGAGCAUUAGUAUUUAAAUCCAAAUCCUUUCUUUACAGUACUCAAGCAAGUUUAUCAACUUCUUUUUUUUUUUUUUAAAUUACCAUGGUGAUUUCUUUUGGUGUUCCCACUAACGACAGGGACAAAUGAUAUUCCACAAACGUGCCAAGAAUUUUUUUAACAACUCAAAGAUCUGCUUUAAUGCCAACUUUGCUUGGCAAAUUAAAAAUUAUUUAGUAUUUUGUAGUAGCUAUUGAUUGCAGGUACCUCUGUGAAGAUUGUGGAACAGUUAUAGUGCAAUUUCUGGGCAUAAAAUACAUGAAUAUUGAAACUCUUUUCCUUGUUUGAUGUUUGUAUUUUAUUUGAAUGUCUGUUAUUAGCUUCUGCUUCUAUUUCCUGUACUAUGUAUCUUUGGUGAUUCAUUGGCACCUGAGUUUACCUGUUUUUAGUUGGCUUUAUUUUCAUCCUUACAGAUGAGUGGUUGACUAUUCCAGAAAGUUUGCUGCAGCUUUUCGCAGAUGGUAUUGCAGUCUCAGUAGUACCUUUUUUUCUGUCUGUAGUCCUGAACUAAUGGUCCUGGCAGCAUGGAACAAAGAAACAAUGAGCAUUUUUUUUUUUUUUUUUCGUCUCUCUUCCCAUUUCUUCACUUUUAUUCUAGCCUCCAACCUCCCUCCCCAAUCAUUGAAGGCUAUGCUUUUAAUUCUAAAUUCUUGUCCAUCAGUAAUGCAUUGAUUUUUGUUUUUGGCAUACAUAAAAAUUGUGUUAAUGUUAUGUUCAUUUUCAAUGAGUGUAAAUAGCUACUGUUCUUGCUCUGGAAUUUUUUUUUUUAACCAAAAAAAAAAACUGGUUCUGCUGUGCAGACUCAGAAAUGGUUGUGACAUGCUUUGGUGAAAUGCAUCCAUCACUUUUCUUUUUAAGACAGAUCAGGAAGACUGAAGAACAUGCCAUUAUGUCAGUGGAUUAAGAGAUGGUUUCCUGAGAUUUGUGUGGCUUUACCAGAUACCAUUAACCUUUGGGUUAGCAUGAAACCAAAACUAGUCAUGCAGAUGCUUGUUACCUGUUCUGUCUUCCUUUUUCCAGAAUGUUCUUUCUAGCAUUUCUCUCAGUUGUUCAUGCUGUACCACAUAGUGGCAUUCUUCUACGUGUUUAAAGAAAAAAGGGUUGUAUCUCAGUGUUGUGUAUCAACAUCUGCUUUUAACUGCUAUAGUGGCAAGAUAAAUGUAAUUAUGGUGUCUGCACAAACAAAUUUUGAAGAAAAA